CUGCUGAACUCCCAAAGGGAGUGUGUGUAUUUCCUCCCGUUCUUUAUCAGAGCCCCCAAAAUAAGUAGGAAUGGGCAGUGGCUAUUCACAUUCACUACACCUUUUCCAUUUGCUAAUAAGGCCCUGCCAGGCUGGGAGGGAAUUGUCCCUGCCUGCUUCUGGAGAAAGAAGAUAUUGACACCAUCUAUGGGCACCAUGGAACUGCUUCAAGUGACCAUUCUUUUUCUUCUGCCCAGUAUUUGCAGCAGUAACAGCACAGGUGUUUUAGAGGCAGCUAAUAAUUCACUUGUUGUAACUACAAUAAAACCAUCUAUAACAACACCAAACACAGAAUCAUUACAGAAAAAUGUUGUCACACCAACAACUGGAACAACUCCUAAAGGAACAAUCACCAAUGAAUUACUUAAAAUGUCUCUGAUGUCAACAGUUACUUUUUUGACAAGUAAAGAUGAAGGAUUGAAAGUCACAACCACUGAUGUCAGGAAGAAUGAGUCCAUCAUUUCAAACGUAACAGUAACAAGUGUUACACUUCCAAAUGCUGUUUCAACAUUACAAAGUUCCAAACCCAAGACUGAGACUCAGAGUUCAAUUGAAACAACAGAAAUACCAGGUAGUGUUCUACAACCAGAUGCAUCACCUUCUAAAACUGGUACAUUAUCCUCAAUAGCAGUUACAAUUCCAGAAAACACUUCACAGUCUCAAGUAAUAGGCACUGAGGGUGGAAAAAAUGCAAGCACUUCAGCAACCAACCGGUCUUAUUCCAGUAUUAUUUUGCCGGUGGUUAUUGCUUUGAUUGUAACAACACUUUCAGUAUUUGUUCUGGUGGGUUUGUACCGAAUGUGCUGGAAGGCAGAUCCGGGCACACCGGAAAAUGGAAAUGAUCAACCUCAGUCUGAUAAAGAGAGCGUGAAGCUUCUUACCGUUAAGACAAUUUCUCAUGAGUCUGGUGAGCACUCUGCACAAGGAAAAACCAAGAACUGACAGCUUGAGGAAUUCUCUCCACACCUAGGCAAUAAUUAUGCUUAAUCUUCAGCUUCUAUGCACCAAGCGUGGAAAAGGAGAAAGUCCUGCAGAAUCAAUCCCGACUUCCAUACCUGCUGCUGGACUGUACCAGACGUCUGUCCCAGUAAAGUGAUGUCCAGCUGACAUGCAAUAAUUUGAUGGAAUCGAAAAGAACCCUGGGGCUCUCCUGUUCUCUCACAUUUAAAAAUUCCAUUACUCCAUUUACAGGAGCGUUCCUAGGAAAAGGAAUUUUAGGAGGGGAAUUUGUGAGCAGUGAAUCUGACAGCCCAGGAGGUGGGCUCACUGAUAGGCACGCCUUUCCUUAAUGUUUAAAGUUUUCCGGGCCAAGAAUUUUUAUCCAUAAAGACUUUCCUACUUUUCUUGGUGUUCUUAUAUUACCUACUGUUAGUAUUUAUUGUUUACCACUAUGUUAAUGCAGGGAAAAGUUGCACGUGUAUUAUUAAAUAUUAGGUAGAAAUCAUACCAUGCUACUUUGUACAUAUAAGUAUUUUAUUCCUGCUUUUGUGUUACUUUUAAUAAAUAACUACUGUACUCAAUACUCUAAAAAUACUAUAACAUGACUGUGAAAAUGGCAAUGUUACUGUCUUCCUAUAAUUAUGAAUAUUUUUGGAUGGAUUAUUAGAAUAUAUGAACUCACUAAUGAAAGGCAUCUGUAAUAAGUCAGAAAGGGACAUAGGAUUCACGUAUCGGACUGUUAGGGGGAGAGUAAUUUAUCAGUUCUUUGGUCUUUCUGUUUGUCAUUCAUACUAUGUGAUGAAGAUGUAAGUGUAAGGGCAUUUAUAACACUAUACUGCAUUCAUUAAGAUAAUAGGAUCAUGAUUUUUCAUUAACUCAUUUGAUUGAUAUUAUCUCCAUGCAUUUUUUAUUUCUUUUAGAAAUGUAAUUAUUUGUUCUAGCAAUCAUUGCUAAACCUCUAGUUUGUAGAAAAUCAACACUUUAUAAAUACAUAAUUAUGAUAUUAUUUUUCAUUGUAUCACUGUUCUAAAAAUACCAUAUGAUUAUAGCUGCCACUCCAUCAGGAGCAAAUUCUUCUCUUAAAAGCUAACUGAUCAACCUUGACCACUUUUUGACAUGUGAGAUCAAAGUGUCAAGUUGGUUGAGGUUUUUUGGAAAGCUUUAGAACUAAUAAGCUGCUGGUGGCAGCUUUGUAACGUAUGAUUAUCUAAGCUGAUUUUGAUGCUAAAUUAUCUUAGUGAUCUAAGGGGCAGUUUAGUGAAGAUGGAAUCUUGUAUUUAAAAUAGCCUUUUAAAAUUUGUUUUGUGGUGAUGUAUUUUGGCAACUUCCAUCUUUAGGAGUUAUAUAAUCACCUUGAUUUUAGUUUCCUGAUGUUUGGACUAUUUAUAAUCAAGGACACCAAGCAAGCAUAAGCAUAUCUAUAUUUCUGACUGGUGUCUCUUUGAGAAGGAUGGGAAGUAGAAAAAAAAAAAGAAAGAAAGGAAAGGAAGAGAGGAGAGAAGAAGGCAGGGAUCUCCACUAUGUAUGUUUUCACUUUAGAACUGUUGAGCCCAUGCUUAAUUUUAAUCUAGAAGUCUUUAAAUGGUGAGACAGUGACUGGAGCAUGCCAAUCAGAGAGUACUUGUCUUCAGAAAAAAAAAAAUCUGAGUUUGGGACUAGCCUGGCCAACAUGUUGAAACCCCAUAUCUACUAAAAAUACAAAAAUUAGCCUGGUGUGGUGGCGCACGCCUGUAGUCCCAGCUACUCUGGAGCCUGAGGCACGUGAAUCGCUUGAACCCAGAAGACAGAGGUUGCAGUGAGCUGAGAUGGCACUACUGCACUCCAGCCUGGGUGACACACCAAGACUCUGUCUCAAAAAAAAAUAAAGGAAGAAAAAGAAAGAAAGAAAGAAAGAAAAGUCCCAGCACACCUAGAUAAUUUACCGAGCUCUUCAGCAAAAACCAUGUUACAUACAGCAUAUUCCAAAGAAAUGAACUCUUCUGCAAUUUAAAUUAUAAGUAAUAUGUUAUUUUGGAUCCUAGAGAAACCAUUUUCUCUACAUUUCAUGAUCAUUGUUAGAAAAGAGUUUACAAGAAUUAGGAAGCAGGAACAAUUUUAGUGGUCAGAAAAGAAUAAAAUUUAUUCUAGUUCAAGAAGUGCACACAAAGAAUAUGCAUUAAUCUAACAACUAGAAGAUUAAAUCUUUCAAAAAGGUCAAAGGAGGAUUGAGAAGUUUACAGAGAUGUCCACGGCAUUUUAUAUCAAUCUCAAAGGUAAGGUCUGCAUUUUUGUAAACCAACUUAAACUUCUGUUGAGAUAGGAUAUUUUGUUUUCAAGCCAAAAUCAUCAUUAAUCAAAUAUGUUUUAAUUAUCUGAUUUAGAUGAUCUACUUUUUAUGCCUCGCUUACUGUAAGUAUUUUAUUCUGAUACACAGUUCAAACAUCAUUGCAACAAAGAAGUGCCUGUAUUUAGAUCAAAGGCAAGAGUUUCUAUGUGUUUGUUUUGCAUAAUAAUAUGAAUAUAAUUUAAGUCUAUCAAUAGUCAAAACAUAAACAAAAGCAAAUUAACUGGCACUGUUGUCACCUGAGACUAAGUGGAUGGUGUUGGCUGACAUACAGGCUCAGUCAGCAGAGAAAGAAUUCUGAAUUCCCCUUGCUGAACUGAACUAUUCUAUUACAUAUGGUUGACAAAUCUGUGUGUUAUUUCUUUUCUACCUACCAUAUUUAAAUUUAUGAGUAUCAACGGAGGACAUAGUCAAACCUUCGACGAUGAACAUUCCUGAUUUUUUGCCUGAUUAUUCUCUGUUGAGCUCUACUUGUGGUCAUUCAAGAUUUUAGGAUGUUGAAAGGAAAAGUGAAUAUGACCUUUAAAAGUUGUAUUUUGGGUGACAAUAGUCUCACCACUAUGAAACUGUCAAUUAUUGCCUAAUGUUAAAGAUAUCCAUCAUUAUGAUUAAUUAAACCUAUAAUGAGUAUUCUUAAUGGAGAAUUCUUAAUGGAUGGAUUAUCCCCUGAUCUUUUCUUUAAAAUUUCUCUGCACACACAGGACUUCUCAUGUUCCAAUAAAUGGGUGUACUCUGCCCCAAUUUCUAGAGAAUUUGUCUUUUGGGCUUGAAUGUACUUGUUUUCUGUUCUAAAUACUUUUUAAAGAAAAAAAAUUUUGACAAAUAAGGGAAAAUAUUCAUUUUGCCAUCCAUAUUACAUUCCUGAAUUUGAAGUCAGAGCUUCUACCAAGGUCACCAAGAAUAAUUUUAAAGCUUCCAAGAACUGUUCAAAAGUGUUUUCAAGUCUGAACAAGAAUUCUGACAUUUAGAAAUAAGUAGGAAGAUAAGACUAUUUAAACUCAUAUUUUCCUUUAAAAAAAGAGAAAUUCUAGCAAAGUGAUCAUGGGCAAUAUAAUUAGUUAGUUAACACCCUAUCCAACAUUCACUAUGUGCCAGAAACUGUGUGGAAAACUUCACAGUCACCAUCUCAGUUAACCAUCACAAUAAUAGUAAGAAACUAUUCCUUAUAUAUGAUUAGCAGCAGCAGAAACAUCUCCCUUAUAAAGAUAUGAAAAUCAAGGCAGAUAGUUAAAUAACUUGCCCAAGGUUGUACAACUAAUAAAUAGGAAAAAUUUGAGUUCCAACCUAUGCCCAAAUCCCUGUUCUCCAUCUCCAAACUACUUAGUCUCUCUAAGCCUCAGUUCACUUAUCUAUAAAAAGGGAUGAAAGCAUUAUGCUCCAGGUCAUAAUUAAAAACAGGGACCAGUCCUAUCUCACUGUAAACAGUUUGAAAAAUGAACAGCUAUUUCACACAGUAGACAAGAAGAAGAGCUGAACUGGGAUUCAUGAGCAAAGAGAAACAAAACAAAUGAGCCCUAUGAAUGCUCUGAAGGACACAUUCCAGACUGGCUGUAUAGCAGAAGAUCCCUAAUUGGAACCUGAGAUGACAGCGAUUGGAACCAGGAGACAAAAGUGACUGGAAUUUGUGGAGAAUGGAACCAGGGAGGAGGGAGCUACACAGAGAAAGACCUCAAAAAAAAAAAAAAAAAAAAAGAAAAACAAAAACAAAAAAACUACAAAGGUGACCCUGUAUCUGAUAAUAAUGGGAUAGGAAGUCGUGAACACACUGAGUAAAACUCCACGAGGCCAGGAAAAGAACAACCGGGAAAGAGCAACUAAGUAGUUGUAUGCUGAAAAUGUCUACAUCUUAUAUGGAGCAGAGAAACAUUCAAGGUCUGGUCGACCAUAUUCAAAAAUCCUCACCGGUCACCUUUCUUAAUGUCCUGGGAAUGGUCGUAUCUUAGUAGUUGUUCUAAAACACGCCUAGAGUAUACAUAACUGUAGGUAAGCCCUAACACAGCUUAAAAGUAGCCUUGCAAGAAUUAAACUAAUCCACAAAAUAUUUAACAGGCUUCCAGAACAAAGUCUGAUAAUAUUUUAUAAAGACAACAAAAUGGAGCAUAACAACAACUCAACAACAUAAAAGUCUAAAUAUCCACCAUUUAAUCCAAAAUUAUAUACAUGCCCCAGAGGAG